AUGACUAUUGCCAUAUCGAGCUAUCAUUUGCUAACAGAAGACACGCGUUAUUAUGUUGUAGAAACUAAAUUAAAAUGCGCAGCCGCGGUUGAGAUCCGUGACUCCCUGGAGCAUCUGUGCUCGGGCGCUACAUACCCCAUUUUCCUGGCGAAACUAUGGCCGGCGUUCAAGAAGGUGCUCAAGGGGGAACCGGUGUUUAUCAGUCUAUCGUUUGAGCAGAAACUACGGAACUGUAUCCUGGAGAUUCUCCAUCGCCUACCUCUAGAGCUUCCGGAAGUUGAGCCAUAUGCUGGUGACAUGGUUGACCUGCUCAUAGAACUUGUGAGAAAUGAGAACGAGGAUAACGCCGUCAUCUGUAUGAAAACUAUCAUGGACCUCCAACGACGACAAAUCAGGGCGACGCAAUCGCGAGUUCAAGCUUUUCUGGAGCUCAUCCAAAACAUGUUUGAAGGAAUGCCGCAGGUUGUGCGAGAUACUUUUGAUACCCCUCAGGCUCAGACCUCCACUCCUGGAAUGCCUUCGACACCCAACACGGCAGCUCAGAACUUCCAGUCCCCACGCCCUAGUUCUCCGGCUACUUCUGUAUCCGACCUAGGGCCUGAGCAGCAGCAAACAAACCAAAUGUUAGCGAAGGGUAUGCAUUCGUUCAAGGUGCUCGCGGAGUGUCCUAUCAUCGUUGUCUCGAUCUUCCAGAUACACCGCCACCCUGUAACCACCAACGUGAAGGUGUUUGUUCCCCUUAUAAAGGGGAUAUUACUUCUCCAAGCACGGCCGCAAGAGAAGGCCCACAACGAAGCCAGAGCGCAGGGGAAGAUUUUCACCGGGGUCAGCAAAGAUAUCAAGAACAGAGCCGCCUUUGGGGAGUUCAUCACACUGCAGGUCAAGACGAUGAGUUUCCUUGCCUACCUACUAAGAGUUUAUGCAAGUCACCUCCAGGAUUUCCUUCCCUCUUUGCCUGGAGUCGUCGUUCGUUUGCUGCAAGAUUGCCCUAGGGAGAAGUCCAGUGCGAGGAAGGAGCUCUUAGUCGCAAUCCGCCAUAUCAUCAAUUUCAAUUACCGCAAGAUAUUCCUUGAAAAGCUCGACGACCUAUUAGACGAGCGGACAUUGAUCGGCGAUGGUCUUACGGUGUACGAGGCGCUCAGGCCACUAGCUUACAGCAUGUUAGCCGACCUGAUACACCAUGUUCGAGAAUCCCUUACUCGGGACCAAAUUCGUCGUACCCUCGAAGUCUACACUAGGAAUCUUCAUGAUGAUCUUCCAGGAACAAGCUUUCAGGCAAUGAGCGCGAAGCUCCUCCUCAACAUGGCUGAGAAAAUAGCUAGCAUGGAGAAUAAGAAGGAGGCGCGGUACUUCCUUAUCAUGAUUCUGGAUGCUAUUGGGGACAAGUUCGCUACCAUGAACUAUCAAUAUAACAAUGCAGUUAAGGCAUCGAAGCUCGUCAAGCAGAAUGCAGAUAAUUUGUCAGAAGGAUACCUUGCUGAUAAGAAUCAUCCUCCGGACUGGGACGAGAUCGACAUAUUCACUGCAGUACCGAUAAAAGCCACCAAUCCCAGAGAUAGGAAUGCCGACCCUGUCAAUGAUAAUAAGUUCCUGUUUAAGACUCUUAUUACUGGUUUGAAGGGUCUUUUCUAUCAGCUAAAGAGCUGCAAUCCAGAGGAUCUAAAACUAGACCCAUCGUACACACCUGUUAACUGGGCAGAAGUCUCGUUCGGAUACAACGCUGAAGAAGUCCGUAUCAUUAAAAAACUCUUUCACGAAGGUGCGGGACUUUUCAGAUAUUAUGGUGCGGAUAGCAAGGAGCCUGAGAUUCAAUAUGCAAGCCCUCUUGAGUUUCUCUCUAGCCAGUAUAUGCGGCACAUGAGCUCCGAGGAAAAGGAGCUUCUUGAAAGCUUUGGGACUAUCUUUCACUGUGUUGAUACUGCGGCAUUCCAUGAAGUUUUCAAGAGCGAGAUUCCCUAUUUGCACAGCCUUAUGCUGGAGCACAGCGCCCUGCUUCAUCUCCCGCAAUUCUUUCUCGCGAGCGAAGCCACAUCUCCUGCCGUUGCUGGGAUGACUCUACAGUACUUGAUGGAACACAUCCAUGAAGUUGGGUCUGCAGAUGUCGCCAACUCCCGGAUUCUCUUGAGAAUGUUCAAGCUUUCGUUUAUGGCUGUCACACUGUUUUCGGCACAGAACGAACAGGUACUUCACCCGCAUGUCACCAAGAUUGUGGCCAAGUGCAUUGAAUAUUCUGUGACUGCAGAAGAGCGGAUGAAUUAUUUCCUGCUUCUAAGAUCACUUUUCCGAAGUAUUGGAGGUGGACGCUUUGAGUUACUCUACAAAGAAUUACUGCCCUUGCUGGAGAUGUUGCUGGAAACUUUCAACAAUCUUCUACUUGGCGCUAGGAAGACACAGGAACGUGAUUUAUAUGUGGAAUUGACGCUGACUGUCCCAGCACGACUUAGUCACUUGCUUCCUUAUCUAAGCUAUCUCAUGAGGCCGUUAGUUGUUGCUCUCCGGGCAGGGUCAGAUCUUGUCAGCCAAGGUCUUAGGACCCUUGAGCUCUGUGUUGACAACCUGACUGCCGAUUACCUGGAUCCAAUUAUGGCCCCGAUAAUGGACGAGCUUAUGACUGCUCUCUGGGAUCAUCUCCGACCAAACCCUUACAGCCACUUCCAUGCCCACACCACGAUGAGAAUUCUUGGGAAGCUUGGUGGGCGAAAUCGAAAAUUCCUAAAUCACCCUCCUGAGCUCUCAUUCCAACAAUACUCUGAUGAUACACCGAGCAUGGAUAUCAAGCUUAUUGGGUCUAAUAAGGAUAGAGCCUUUCCUCUCGAUAUCGGAAUUGACCUUGCCCUAGGGAAGUUACUUGACACUCCUGCGGCCAAUGCAUCCGAGACUGUGCAGAAGGCAGAUUUAUUCUACAAGAAGCAAGCGUACCGCAUGCUGAGCUCUCAGCUCAAGCUCUAUAUUGGUUUCGAGCAUCCGCCCGAUGACCUGGCAACACUCCUACGCCUUCAGGCCAACGAUCUAGCAGAUGGGAAGUUCUCUGGGACGGUGGAUAUCUUGGAGAAGUCUGAUCGUCAAUGCUCCUCCUCAAAGAGACUUGCACAAGAGACCACCCUCAAGAAGUUAUUGAAGGCUUGCAUAGUUGCAUCUACAAUCCCGCACUUGAAACAAUCUGCAACCGCUUUUCUAGCUGAUGUUUGCCGCCAUUUUACCAUUAUUGAAAUCGGAAGGUCUCUAGCACAAUCACGGCAUAUACGUCGUCCUUUCAGCGUGUCACUGGGCGAAGGCCCCUUGUAUCUGGAUACGAGGACUCUUGCUGAUGCUGUGGUUGAAUGUUUAGCCUCUGAAAAUCCCGCGGUUCGUGACGCCGCUAAAGAGGUUAUCUUCAACGUCCGAAGUGCUGCCGUUGUUAUAUUCGGCUCUGCAGAGAAGGCAGGAAAACUCCCAUUCUUCCCCCAUCUCGGUAGAACGCUUUGCCAUGCUUGUCAUGACGAGGAGUGGUUCACAAAGGCUGCUGGAAGCCUUGGUAUACAUCUUUUCGUUACUGAACUGGACUUGGGAAACGCUUGGUUGAUCGACCGGCAAGUUGAAUUCAUUCGAGCCCUUAUGUACGUGAUUAAAGAUACGCCAUCCGAUUUCCCGGGAGCGACUCGAACACAAGCCCAAGAGACAAUGGACUUGAUUCUCCGGAAAUGCAAUGAGGGCGUUUCCAAAGAGGAGCUGAAAAACGAACGAGGCCGAGUGUUGGCCUUGUGCGGCGUAUUGAGCUAUGAACUAUCCCAUAUGAACAAACAUGUUCGUCAGGCUGCCCAGAGUGGAAUAGCGACUCUGGCAACAACUUUGGGUGCGGAAGUCCAUGAGCUCAUUACUCCCGUCAAAGACCGACUUUUGAUGCCAAUAUUCAACAAGCCACUCCGUGCUUUACCUUUCCCUACUCAGAUUGGCUGUAUCGAAGCGAUAGCAUACUGCCUCGGUCUUCGUCAGAACAUUGUCACAUUUAAUGAUCAGCUCAACCGUUUGCUAAUGGAAUCUCUGGCCCUUGCCGACGUAGAUGAUGAUGCCUUAGCAUCCAAACCAAAUGAGUUUAAGACUGCCGAGCAGAUCGUUAACCUUCGUGUCUCCUGUCUCCGUCUUCUGUCAAUGGCCAUGGGUUUCCCUGACUUUGCAAGUGGUCCACAGAGCCAUAGCCGCGCUAGAAUCAUUGCUUGUUUUUUCAAGUCGUUGUAUUCAAGGUCCCCCGAGAUUAUUGAAGCUGCGAACUCUGGCCUUCGCGAUGUUCUCACUCAGACCAACAAGUUGCCUAAGGACCUCCUUCAGAACGGCCUUCGACCAAUUUUGAUGAACCUUCAGGACCCCAAACGUUUGAGUGUUGCUGGUUUGGAUGGAUUAGCUCGCCUUCUCACCCUACUGACGAACUAUUUCAAAGUUGAAAUAGGAUCACGGCUCCUGGACCACAUGAGAGUCAUUGCUGAUGAAAACAUCCUGCAAAGAGCAUCUUUCGGGCUUGUUGAACAGAAUCCUCCCAUGAAAAUUGUUGCUGCUAUCUUUAAUAUUUUCCACCUUCUUCCUGCAGCUGCGACCUCAUUCAUGGAGAACCUUGUUAACAAAGUCUUGUACUUGGAAGACCGGUUGAGACGGACAUCUAGCAGCCCUUUCAGAAAGCCAUUACUCAAAUAUCUCAAUCGAUAUCCCCGAGAGAGUUGGAUUUUCAUGCAGGCCAAGUUCCAGGAAGAAAAACACGGGAGAUUCUUUGGUCAGCUCCUAGCAAGCCCUGAGAGUUCGGCAUUGCGUUCAACCAUUUUUGCGGAUUCCGAAACAUUAAUAAAACUCGCCUUCUUCCAAGAAGAGUCCCCCCGCAAAAAUACCGCGGCAAUCAAUGGAAUCUACUUUGUCCAUUCGAUUUGCUCUCAUGAAGCUACUAAGGGAUUCUUGAAUGCCCAGCCUGACCUGAAGCGACACCUCUUGAACAGUGGCCGAGACCUGAAUUCUAAGCUACGUAAUGAUAGGCUCCCUCCAGACGAGCGGUUGAGAGUCGAACAAGCCCAAGAUCAGCUGUUGGAAAUAUUCACAAUUCAUCUUUCGCAGUCCCUUGAUGACCUUGAUUUCCUGUUCGAUGUUAUCGACAAGAUAUCCGCCGGUGACUUGAAGACAACUCUUACGUUGCCAAAAUUUUUCUACCAGUACAUUAUCACAAACUCAUCCAUUGCUUACCGGAGGUCCGUAAUUUCUCGCUGCUUAGAUCUCUACAACCAGCGUACCUCAUCCCAGAAAUUGAAAACUUACGCCUUCCAUCAUCUUGUUAAUCCCAUACUUGCCAUGGAUGUGAAGAAUACCUGGGACAGUCCAACCCCUGGUACGGGAGUUCUUGAUCGCAGUUUAACCGAUCUUAUCCACAACCGACUAUGGAAACCACAGCUGGGUGAUCUUAGUGAAGAAUCUGGUCAGCCUGGGAUAGACCAUUCCCGCAUGGAGCUUCUUCAGCUUUCCGCAUUGCUUAUAAAAUAUCACCAUGGCAUUGUUCAAGAAAGUAGAAAAGACAUCAUAAAGUUUGCAUGGAGCUACAUUCGUCUCGAGGAUACCAUCAACAAGUAUGGAGCAUACGUACUAAUCAGUUAUUUCAUUGCACAUUAUGAAACACCCUCAAAGAUUGUCGUCCAAAUCUAUGUCGCUUUGCUGAGAGCUCAUCAGAAUGAGGGAAAAUCUCUAGUUACCCAGGCAUUGGAAAUCCUGGCGCCUUCUCUUCCAAAGAGAAUUCUCUCCGGCCCUGACCCUCGUUUCCCAGUGUGGGCCAGAUGUCCUCGUCGCAUUCUAACGGAAGAGACAGCGAACUUACAGCAGGUCAUGAGCAUACUGCAAUUCCUUGUCCGACAGCCCGAUCUUUUCUACGAGUCCCGCGAAUACUUCAUCCCUCUCAUAAUCCCAUCACUUGUCAAGAUUGCAGGACCAACCAAUGUCUCUUUUGAUAGCAGAAAGCUCGUUUUACACUUGAUCAACCUUAUUUGGAUCUGGGAAGAGAAGAGAGUGACUGGAUGGCGAGACCCGACCUCUCCAAACUCAGCGAAACGAAAAUUGGCCGAGAUGCAAGCGUCACCAUCAAUGAGUACCACACCACUCCCACAGAAAGAGCGUCCGGAAUACACCAUUCCCCUUGACUUGAGGACGCCUCUUAUCAAGUACCUUGUUACCUUUGUCUGCAGUCUCGUUGAUCGCUUCUCUGUACCUGCAGCGCGGUUCCGCGAUCUACUGCCACCAAAGCCUCACCAAGCGCUGAAUAACUAUGGUGAAAUUUGCAAGAAAUCAGUGGUUUUGCUCCGACGAUUCCUCUCUCCUGAGUAUUGGCCUGAUGUGGAUAUUGACCUUUACCAAAAAACCCUAGAGCCUGUUUUAUGCAGCGAAAAGGCUGAGAAACCCGACGAAAAGCAUGUCACGGCCAUGGUCAACUCCCUCCAGGUUCUACGUAUUCUCUUGGCCGGAAAACCGAACAGCUGGAUUCUUGACCGCAUGUCUACCAUCCAGCAUCUUGUGGAAAAGGCUCUAAGAUCUGAUAACCCCGAAAUCCAGGAUUGUUUACAUGGUGGCGAAGAGGAGAUGGACAUCUCUCCAAAGUUACCACCACCCAUCAAGAGAGUUUUGGAUGCCCUGCCACAAGAAGAGCCAGUGGAAGAAGAAGGUGGUAUGGAUGUUGAUAAGCCGUCCGCUGAAUUUGUAACCUUCCUCUCAACGGUCGCCACGGAGUCAAUUUCAAGCGGCAACUAUAUCGCUGGAAUUAAUAUUCUCUGGACACUUUCGAAAUGUCAACCUGCGGAGAUGGACCAGCAUAUACCCCAUGUCAUGAAGAUUUUUUUCGCAAAAGCUUGCAAAGGACCACGUCGCUUCUUUCAACAAUAA